CUGUUUAUUUAUUUAUUUAUUUCUAAAUCUUUUUACUCUCUGUCUCUCAAAAGCUCUUCUUCUCUACUCUAAAACCAGACACUUUCUGUUUUAUUUUUAUUUUUAUUUUUUUGGGUUUCUCUCCCUUUAUUAUUUCCUUCACAUUUCAUUUCUCUUUCUCAUGAAAAUCUUGCCACUCCAUCUCGUGACUCCAUAAUCGAGUCUUUGAUUUCAUUACUGUUAUCACUCCGCUCCCCUCUCAUGACUUCUCCACCUUCUCCCUUGUCUUUCAAUCAACAACUACUAUUACUAUGCGCUCUCCACAGUCCCUCCGUAACGGCGAAACUCCGUCGCCGUCACCUCGCCCUCCUCGGUUCCCAACUCCUCACUUCCACUCCACUGUUUCCCUUCAGAAACUGAAACGUUUCAACUUACUUAUUCUUGUUUUCCGUCUUUCUACGUUUUGCUUCUCUCUCGCCUCUUCUGUUUUCAUGCUCACUAACCCCACUUGGUACCAUUUCGACGCCUUCAGAUACGUUUUCGCUGCGAAUGCUAUCGUCGCUAUAUACUCUCUCUUCGAAAUGGCGGCUUCCGUUUGGGAAAUUUCUAGAGGCAACACUCUCUUCCCUGAAAUUCUACAAGUCUGGUUCGAUUUCGGUCAUGAUCAGGUGUUUGCAUACCUGCUAUUGUCGGCGGAUUCGGCGGCGACGGCGUUGGCGAAAACGUUGAAGGGCGGAGACACAUGUGCGGCUAGUAACGCGUUUUGUGUGCAAUCGUAUAUUGCUAUAGCUUUGGGAUUUGCUGGGUUUCUGUUUUUAGGGUUAUCGUCUUUGCUUUCGGGUUUUCGGGUUGUUUGUUUUUUAAUUAACGGCUCUCGGUUUUAUGUUUGAAAUUUCAUCAAAUUAGACAGAUUUUGAGUGCGAAGGGGUGAGAGAAACAUAGAAAAGCGAGGAGAUUAGGUGUUUUUUUUUUUUUUUAAUUUUACUGAGUGAGAGUACUGAGGCUGAUACGGGUAUGACUAUAUGUCGUUUUUGGUUAUCGUGCAAUUUGUAUUUGUACAUGAGGUUUCUGCAUCGCUUGUGUAUUAUUAUAAUUUAAUUUUGCCAACUAAUUAACUAGCUUGAAGUUUUAUGA